AUCAUCUGAUCUCCCGAGUUCAUAUAUAAAAAGGGGGUACAGUUAUUACUCAGCAGCAGUCUUUUACAAUGGCUCGUGGCAUGAAAUUCAUUGCUGCUCUGCUGGUGUUUAUUAUAUCAAUAAAUGAAAGUAUUCAAGAAAGUAUUCCAGGAUUAUUUCCAAGAGAAAAAACACUCAUAUAUAACUAUUAUGGUGACGUAAAAGCUGGAAUAAUUGAACCCGCAGCAUAUGCUUCUCAGUAUUCAAUAUCAGGAAAAUUACACAUCAAACAUGACACCAGUGAUCCAAAGUAUCAAAAUUCGUACCUUAUUUCUCUUCAAGAUGUUAAAACAGGUCUUCACAAUGGAAACGCUGCCCAUUAUGAACCUACUAAAAUAUUAAUGCCAAUUUUAGAAGCCGCUAAAGUCAUUGAAGAUCCAUUUAUUGUGGUUUAUGAUGAUUUUGGGCAGGUAGAGGGUGUAAAAAUCCCUGAAGAAGAACCUCUGUGGUCUACGAAUAUCAAGAUGGCAAUGGCUUCUAUGCUUCAACUAGACUUGAAGAAUAUGAAGAUAGAUGGUCCCAUCAAGCCGCACAGUUUUAUGGUCCAGGAGAAAAGUAUCCAUGGUGAUUGCUGGACGAGCUAUGAUGUUCACGCCAAGCUGCCGACAAAUGAUCAGCAGGACAGUCCAAUUGUAGUUACUAAAUUUGCAUCACCUAAAAAUUGUACCAACUACAAUGUUCAUGUCUUUGAUCAAAUGGAUGCUGAGAGAUGUGAUGUACCUAAAGUGGUACCGAUUAAUAUGGCCGCUCGAAGAUUAUUUGAGAUAAGUUAUAAAAAUAACAGUAUUUUAAUCGAAAAACUUAUCGCUCAUGGAGGUGUGAACUAUUUUCCAUGGCUAGGAAGAUCUGAGGCGCACUAUGUUUUAAAUAACGCAAGUUUUAUAUUGGAUAAAGUUGUCACAUCUUCAGAAAUAUCUUUGCCCGAAGUUGACUUUGAAGACAUACCCUUGACAACUGAUAUCAGUUAUCAACGGCCACAGGAUUAUUAUGCAGAAAACGCGGCUGUUGACAUUACUAACGGGCGUAAUAUAGUUAAUCAAGAUGUUAUAAUAAGUAAAUUAGUGAACAUGUUGAAUGAAGCUGUGGAUUAUUUGGAGAAAAAUCACAUUGAUCCUAAAGAACCGGAUUCAAUAAACAGUCAAACUAUCAACAGAAUUCUGGAUAUUAUGAGUUUUAUGGAAAUUUCUUCAUUUGAAGAAGGCUUCGCACAAAUUCGAAAUGUAUCAACUGAUCGUGAUGAAUUUAUCAAAAGUUUAUUCAUAAAUAUUAUACCUCAAGUAGGUACGCCAGCCUCUAAUGUCUUUAUAUGGAAUCUUGUAAAGAAUAAAGAAGUAACUAAUGGUGAAGCAUUAAGCAUGUUAGCAAAAAUGGCUUUUUAUGUCCGAGUACCCAAUAAAGAUUUUUUAAUUAAAAUGGAACCGCUACUUUAUUCAAGUGGUUUUUUGCAUCCAGAAAUUCGUAAAAUAAGUAUUCUGUCCUUUGCGACGAUGAUUUACAAAACAUUCAAAAAUAUGCCGGUGGAUGAAAUUAGCGAUAUACUUGAUCCAUAUUUGACUUACUUUUAUGAUGGUGUCAUCAACGAACCAUCUUACACCUUAAAAAUAGGCUAUUUAAUGGCUAUCGGUAAUGUUCAAGUUGGAAAAAUUUACAAAUUAUUGGCUCCAAUAAUUCGUGGUGACAUUAGCGUGUCUGAAAACCCAUCUCACAUUCGUCUGAUGGCAAUAUGGGCAAUCAGUAAAUCCGUUUCGAAUGAUUAUAAUGCGGCUCAUGAUCUUUUGUGGCCUGUAAUGUCUGAUUAUACUCUACCCUUGAAGCUCCGAAUAGCAGCUUACGAUAUUCUGAUCCGCCAAGCGCCCUCAAUGGAGAACAUUCUUCAUAUUUACUGGUUUAUGGUCUACGAAAAAAGCGAAUAUCUUUAUAAUUAUCAUCAUACAACCAUCAAAAGCCUGGCGAAUUCGUUAGAUCCAUGUGACGCUAAAUUACGAGAACUUACAACAAAAAUAAUGCGUUUCACUAAAAUACAUCAGCCUGUACCUCAUGAACUCUCUGCUUCCUACAUGAUUGAUUCAAUUGAUCGAAUUUACGGUCACGGAGAGAGCUUCCGUAUUUCUUUGAUUCAUGAUGAACCCACUGGGAAUCUUGAAGUUAUUUAUCUUGAGCAUACAAUCGUCGAAAGUCAUAAGAAAGUUAACCAUUGGGGUAUUUAUUUGAAUGCUGAAGGAAUUUACGACUUUAUCAAUCAACUAGAUCCGUUAAACAAAUUUUUUUCUAUAACUGAUAAAAAUAUUCUCAAUAUCCUUAAGAAGGCUGCAGAAAAUAUAGCGCCAGUGAAGAAAAUGCAUGUCGACGCGGUAUUAAUUACUUACGGACGUGCUAUAUCUGCAUUCCAUAUAAACGAAGAUUUAAUUGGAGAUUUCGUUGGUCUAACAUAUCCCUCUCUAUUGAAGAUUUGGAAUAACAAUGUAUUUGGUAUAAAGUACCAGAAUAUUUACGAACAAAUAGUAAUCAGUGAAAUGGGCUUACCUGUUAUUUUAGAAACCAAAACUCCGACACUUUAUUCUAUAAAAUUGAUUCACGAUUCAACGCCGCAAGGGUCAUUGAAAGUAGGAAUAGAUGCUAAACUUUGGCAUCAUCAAGAUUACGCAAUGUCAAUUUACAAUCCUUUAGUAAAUAUUUGGCAUUCUAUCCGUCGAUCUUCAGUACUCAAUGCUGCACUUCCAGCACAAUUUAUCUUCGGGUUAGAUUUUGAACCUAAAAUUUUAAAGCUACGGUAUCCUAUAUUGGAUGCUGAACAAUUGUCAACUUUGGGAAUAAUGACACACACAAAAGAUAUUACAGUUGUUACAGACAAUGAAGAUAAUAUACUAGAGACAGCUUGCCCUAAUUGUACUCACCAAGUGGUAGUUUCAAAAGGGGAUGAAUUAAAAAAUAAAUUUGAGCAAACACUUGAUUUGCAAGCUUUAGGAUUGCAGAUAACAGCCGGUAUAUUUGAUUGUGAAAAUGAAAUUACUCCUAUUUUAAUUAACAAAGAAUGGGUGAGAGCAUUGUUUAAAGAGCGUAAAAAUUCAUGGGACAGUAUAUUGUUGCAUUCAGUACUUGGUAUUCGUCAGCAAUUGAAAAAUAGUGUAAUAUCACCAUCAAUGGGAAGCUGUGGGAAAAUUGUUAAAAUUAGUCCUAGUGCCACUUAUCCGACAUCUCACGUUGAUAUGUCUUUUAAAAUAAGUUAUGAAAACUUGGAUAUGAUUGACAAAAUACCUAGUUUAUUGGAGGAACACAAAUUAAACAUGCUAGCUACUUUGGACGCGAUUUCAGCUUCUACAAACACCUCUGCCGAGUCUUGGUAUUUAAAUUUAGGCAUCAACAUACCAAAAGGACACUUGAAGAAUAGCUUGAAAGCACAAAUAAGGCGAGUUACUUCGGAAAAUGAAAACCUUAAAAUUUGCAUUGAUGGUCAAAAAAUUUAUUCACCUAUUGUGGGCGAUCCGUUGAAGGUUGGACUUACUAAGGAAGAAACUAAUGGAAAAUUUAUUAUUUCAAUGGAUCAUGCUGACGAUGAUCAGUGUCAUCGUAAUGAAACUUUGGUUACAAUUACAAUUAAAGGGGAACUUACAAAUGAACAAAAAAAAUUAUUUAUUAAGGACAGUAUUAACAGUGCCUGCAAUAAGGAUAUUAAUAAUCCGUUGUACAAAAGCUCUAGUAUUCUUUUACCAAAAACUGUCAAUUGUCUUGAUGAAACGAUACGUCAUACUACUUUGAGAAAAUACACUUGCAAUAUUGCGCAUAAAAAUGUGCCAAGAAAUAUUGCAUCGAAAAUCUUUCAACUGGAGGAUAUUAUUAAGUCAGAAGUAUUACCACACAUAAAGUAUACAAAUGAGAAUUUUACAGAACAAGACACAGCAAAAAUAAUUAUUGGAUUUCCGAUGAAUUUAAAAACUGUAAAUGUAUCAGUAAUAACCCCAUACCGUAGUUAUGAUUUAAUUGAGGUUGAUUUGAAUAUUGAGAACAAUCCACCACGACUAAACGGGUUUGGUUCUGAUUACAACAAAAAUCUAUGGGGAUUUCCAUUGGAUAAUACUCGCUUUGAUAUGAAAUUUUUGGCAUUAUACUCUCUUGGCCGAAAAAAAAUGUGUUCAGUGUAUCCAAAAGUGGUUUUGACUGUUGACGGUGGAGAGAUUCCAUAUUCAAUUCCUUCGGAGUGGAUAUUAGUUUCUGGAGAUUGUACAUAUGACAGGUUUGCUAUUUUCGUAAAAAAUAUUGAUGAUAAACUAGCUCUGAGGAUUUAUCGGGGCGAUGAUGUCGUCGAAAUGAUUCCAAGUGAUAAUAAUACAAUUCAAGUAAAAGUAAAUGAUGAAAUUAUUGAUCCUACUCUUAAUGGAACCUAUGUACCGAAAAACGCUCAAUACUUUUGGACACUUAAAAUAACAAGAUUUGGAGAGCAUGUAAUAGCAACAAUGGAAAAUGAAAUAAUUGUAAUCGGUCACACUGAAGGAAGUGUGUCUCUGAUGAUUGAUCAAACAUUGUACAGGAGAAUUAAUGGAUUAUGUGGUAAUAUGGAUGGGACAUACAAGAAUAAAAUACCGAAAACGUAUCAUUUAACUCAAGAUUCAAUGACAUCUUAAAUUUGUUUUCAUAUUAUACUUUAUAUUUAUUGAGAUUCACUCGAUGUUUUUAAAAAAGAACUAGAAUUAUAUCAA